AUGAAGAGUGUAAAAAAACUGCUUUGCAGGUAAAGUGCUUUGAGAGAGGGCUCCUCCUCUCACACUUACUCAGUUCUAUCUGAUCUAUUUACAAGGUUAAUUUCUCUCUCAUUUAUAGAAUAUUACUGCUGUUUCUCUGGUUCCAGUCUGGAGUAGGGAGGAAUGGACCAGCAUUUACUCCUACAGGUUGGAUAAAAGACUCCAUUGCUUCCUGACCUGUUAAACCAUGGCUUUAGGGGAACUCUAAAAAUUGUGUAUCUUCGCCUUGUGUGAUUACUGUAUUAUUAUUGUAACUGUAAAACCUUUAAUCUCUUUUAGGUUUUAUAGAAAGCACCUGUUCCUCCAGUAUGUUUUGGGUGAAGCUGGAUAAGUCCUUUCUUCAGGACAAAUUCUUCACAGUAGAAAUAAUCGGUGAGCUGUAAUCCAUGGGGAAAGAUAAAGAGGGUAUCACUUCAUGCCUGCAACCUUACUCCUAUGUGUACAUGUUCCUUUGGGAGUAUCAUUCAAUUAUAUCAGGGUUUCCCAAACUUGGUUUUUGGACUACAACUCCCGUCAUCCCAGAUAGCAGGACCAGUGGUCAAGGAUGAUGGGAUUUGUAGUCCAAAAACAGCUGGGGGCUCAAGCUUGGGGAAACCCUAGAUUCGAUCAGUGGGGCUUACUUGGAAGCAAGUGUGACCCAAUUAAGCUGUUUACAAGAGGACACAGGUUUUUCUCAGCGAAAAUUCAGUAGCUCUAACCUGUAAAGUACAUUUACCAUCUAUGUUUACAUGUAUUUCUUGAGUUUCUUGCUGACAAAUCUAAUAAAUUACUGGGGGAAGCCAAGAAGUAAUAAGUUUCUGAAGGGGAAAUGUUUAAUGGCAAAGUUGGGUUCCUGGGUGAUCUUGAUUGUGAAUAACUGUUCCUACUGUGGGUAGGAAGACUGAACUGAAAACUAAAAACCCUUCAGUUGCAUUAAAGUAACACUUGAGCAAAUGUUUAAAGGAUGGGUGUGUCUGUUAACCAAGUUUGUUAGUGUCCAUCUUCAUCACUUAGUUUUCCUUGAAAGCGAGAUGGAUGGAUUCAUAAUCCCUUUUCCAAAACCUGCUUAUUCAAGCCUUGCAAUGACAAAAGUAUGCUAAAUUGAAAUUAUAAUGUGUCAUAAAGCAAUACCUUCUUUUUAAAAACACCCACACACAACCCAGAGGACAUGUGCCAUUUGAAGGCUAUUCUUAGCAAUUAAAUAUGUUGUUGGAAUAAACAACUGGCUCCAAACUCCACUGAAAGUCUCUAAAGAUGGCAGUACAUUCUUAAUUGUGAUGGCAUGUUUGACCAGAAUAAACUAGCAGCUAACACUCUGUUGUGUGUGUGUCUCUAGAUCCCUCUGGUGUCUUGGUUCUGCUUGACGAGGAGCUAGAAGCUCGCUGUGGCUAUGUCCUGUCAAAUGAUGUGUGGGGUAAUACCAUAUUCCGGGCUUCUUUUCUUGGCUGUCAUGUUAUAAAUGAGGUGAGGCCAACUCAUGCUCUGAUUGUGCAGUAUUACUGUUCGGUGCCCCCUACCAGAAUGAAACAAAAGAUUUGAUCUGUGAAACUUCUGAGAAUUGUGGCAGGGACUCCUGACUUGGAAAGCUCCCCUCAUUCAGUCUAAUCUUUGGUUUUACAUUGAGGUAGCUGCUUACCAGUCUUGCAACGCUAGGAUCCCUAGCUCAAAGGAGGAUGGGAAGCAGAGGCUGGAUUUGAUUUUCCAGAGAUGCUGGAUUUCCCCUUACCCAACUGGGGACCUUCUGGAUGAACACUGAGCAUUUAUCUUGAUUUAUUUGAACAAAGUUUACAUGUAGCUUAGACAUAAUUCAGCAGUGCAUUCAUCCUGAUUUGCCUGCGGAGUGUUCUUCCUGUUAGUCAUCUGACUUUCUUCAAUGCAUUCCUAUGUCCCUUCCUGACUUCAAAAAGCCCACUUAAUUUUUUUUUUUUUUUUUUGCUGCACUAGAGUUACAGAACACUCUAGUCUAAUGCAAUUUAAUUGCACAAACCUAAAUUUCCAGUGUGUGCUUGAAUCCCCCCAAAGUUUGCAGUUACUAAGUAAUGGGUAGACCACCUGUGCUUUUUUCCUCCUUUUUGCCUGCCCUCUGUGUACGUAUUAUGCUAAAAAACACCAGAUGCACUUCCAGGCUUCCAAACUUUUGCAAAGAUCUCUCACAUUUGAGCAGAUUCUGAUAACAACAACAACUUUUUAUUUAUACCCCGCCCUCCCCAGCCAAGGCCGGGCUCAGGGCGGCUAACAACCAAUAAUAAAAACAAGUUGAAUGAAUACAACUUAAAAACAAGAAUAAAAUACAACAUUAAAAUAUUGAAGCAUUAAAAUAUUAAAAUGCAGCCUCAUCAGGAGUGCAACAUUGUAUCCCAUUGCAAAGAAAGUGGAUACCUUGCAAUAAAUUAGCAAUGGUGCUCUUGCAAAACAAAUCUGCUCCGCCAUGCAAAAAAUGAUAAAAUUUCAGUUUUAGUUUAUUGAGGCAAGAAAGGUGACAGAAAACUACUGUAGAAUGUGCAGGAUAACAGCCACAUGACAGCGCUGCUUUAUAAUCUCCAUGCAGUUGCUCAAAAAAAUUUUAUCCGGAAGCCACCCAGUUUUGGAUCACACAAUGACAAAUGUCAUUAAUGGGCAGGAGUCUUUUCCUGGAUACCCAGGGAAGCAACUAGUACUGAGUGAAAACAUGAUUGCCAUCUUUGUGGACCCCAGUCCUCGACACUUCCUACAGAUAAAUCCAGAUGGUAAUUUUGAAGUUGCAUGUGCAGAAAAACAGAAUAAAUCAUUCUUCUUUUCAUACAAUUUAGUGCUGGGCCCGGUGUUGUCAAAAUGGCGCCAUUCAAACAGGUGGGGGAAAUCAGCUGAAAAUGAAAAUAAAUAAAUUGGGCAAAAUAAACCUAAAGAGGGGUACCCCCCAAACCAUGAGGACUAAGUAAGCUCAGCAAACAUAUAAUUUUGAAAAGGGAGAAGUGUGAAGAGAGAUAUGAAAUAGAGUAUCCAGGAAAAGAGCCAUCAAUGAUGUGCUGGAAUACUGAAUAGGAACACUCCAUACUUCAGGAUUUUGUAACAGGAACUAUUUGUUGUAGGUGUUCUGCUGCCCAAGCAUGCUAACCCACACACAUUUGUGUUUUGACUGUCAAGAGAAAUGUGUGAUGGGGGAAGCUGGGACUAUUAUUAUUAUCAAUAAUAAUAAUUUAUUAAUACCCUGCCCAUCAGACUGGGUUUCCCCAGCCACCCUGGGCGGCUUCCAACAAAAUAUUAAAAAGACAAUAAAAUGUCAGACAUUUAAAAAAUAUCCUAAUGAAAGGCCAUAGAUGUGGAGGCAAUGAGAAAACAACUCUGGGAUAACGUAUGCAAGCAUUAAAUUAAGUUAUUUUAAGGAACCAGUUAUGUCAGAUUCUCUGUGAAAAGCACUGAGUUGGGUUUUGGAAGAGAACAGCAGCAGAAGAAGAAUCUGCUCCAAGUGAUGCUCAGUGACAAAAUCUACAGAGCUCAGUGUUCUCCUCAGAUAUUAUCUCCUCCUUGAAGAUGUAAACUACAAUGGCACAACUGAUAGUAAAUGCAGCAAACUUGUAUGGAUCAUCACUCUGGCUUUAUUAAGCACUUUGGUGGGGGGGAGGGAAUGCAUCUCUGUCACUAAAUUCACUGUUUUCUUCCCAAACCAAUAUCUCAAAUUAUUGCAGAUGGAUGAAAAGUUCUCUCUUACUUUAAACAUCAGAGUGUCAUUAUUCCAAGACCUGAGAGCAGCUACAACCUACCAACACCCUAUGCGCUGCUCCUACCCCACAUGGGCUCCAAGGGAAAUUCUGUGUGAAGAGAAUUACAUGGAGGUAAGAAAUGGUUCGAUAUGCUUCAUAAGAAUGAGUUGGUAUAAAAAUGAUAAGAAUAUAAGAGCAUUUAGCUAAAAGAUUAUCAAAAUAAGACAAAAAUUAAGCAGAAGUAGCAAAGUAGUUGAGGGAUAGUUGAGGGAAGACAAAGAAGUAGCAAAGUAGUUGAGAAGUAGUUGAGGGAAGACACAGGGUAGGGGGAAUUUUCUUUUAUUUUCUCUUUUAUAUGAUAAAUGUGUUGAAUAUUAAAUUGUAAAAUCUAAUUAAAAAAUUAUACAUAUAUAUAAAAAGAAUGAAUUGUGCUACCAAUGAUCCUGCCAUGUACAGGAUGUGAGCAGCCUUCCUCCUUUGCACAACAAAUAAAAACAUUGGAAACUUAAGUUCUCUAAAAUAAGGAAACUGCUAGGAGAGAACUGAACAAAUCUGGACCUCAUAACCUGUUGCACAUUCUAUAAAUAAGUAUAAUCUCGUUUCAAGGUAUCAGUGAAGACCGAUGUCCCUGUGAUUUCGGAUUAUGAGACUGCAGAAUGGAUGUCUGCAUUGCCUGAGGUAAGAGGGGGAAAGUAUAUGAUACGCUGAUUUUUGUAAGUUUUAUUACCUACCUUUCAUGGUAAGAAACACUCUAGAGUUGACUUAUGGCAAUUCAAAAACAGAAAAACUUAAAUUUAAAUCCAAUGAAAUAUCAGUUGAAAUCUCUCUGCCCCUUUCUCCCUCUGAAAGAAAUGGUUUGUAAUAAGCUAUCCAUCCUAUGUAUAUACAGUAGUACCUUGGGUUACAUACACUUCAGGUUACAUACGCUUCAGGUUACAGACUCCGCUAACCCAGAAAUAGUACCUCGGCUUAAGAACUUUGCUUCAGGAUGAGAACAGAAAUCGUGCUCCAGCGACGCAGCGGCAGCAGGAGGCCCUAUUAGCUAAAGUGGUGCUUCAGGUUAAGAAUAGUUUCAGCUUAAGAACGGACCUCCGGAACGAAUUAAGUACUUAACCUGAGGUACCACUGUAUAAUGGAAUGCAGAGCCAAGUGCAGUCAUUAUUUCUGGUCCACCAAAGGAACUUGAAGUAGUGGUUUUGGAUUUUUUAAUUUAUUAAAAAGGGAAGGGGAGUUGUUAAAACUUCAUCCUCACAACCGUAAGGUAAGUUAGACUGAGAUAGAAUUACUGGUUCAAAGUCACCUAGUGAGGUAGCAGGUAUUCAAACCCAAGUUUCACUGGGCAACAUCUAGUAUUUUGUCUGCUACGACAAAUCACAUCAAUUCUGGUCAUGGCAUAGUUUCUCCAAAACCUCAAAGUGCCCACUGAGAGGAAUAUCUCCAUUCUGCAUGGUGGAUCUGCAGCCAUAACUAGAUAGCAGCCCCCCUUUUAUGUUCCUAGCUUACAAAAAUCUACGGCACUUCAAACCCACUGACAAAAAAGUACCCACCACACUUUACUAAUAUAGAAAUAGUUGGGUAUUCCUCUGGAAUAUAUCUAGUUCAUGAAUGCCGGUGGAUUUUAUGGCUGGUUGAAGAUUUGUCCUGAAGUCUAGACCUUGCAUAACAUUCUUUAAAAGCUUGUAAUGAAAUUGAAAAAUUGCUCAUUUUUGUUCUGAAGCUUAAGCCGCUUGAAAAUGCUUAUCAGCCUAAUACUUCCCCCCCCCUUUUUUAGGCACGAAAAGUUCUGUAUCAGAUAUGGCAGCUGAUAUUCUAUUCUCCCUCGGGGAGAAAGAAAACAUUGGUGAGUGACGCUGACAAGCUUGGCUACAGUUUCAAUAAUACGCUGUCGAGAGUGUUCCUCAGGUCUCCCUACUCCACAAAUGAAACAGAACAUUCAGUGGUGAGUUAAUCCUACUAGGAAGAAGAUGGCGUUGCUCAGAUAGGUCUCAUAUUCCAGCUGGACUAAUAAAACUUUACCAAAUGUUUUUUCAAUAGGCUAAUGGGGUCACUAUGAGCACAAUCAGCUCCACUUCCAUGUACAGACAAAGAUGGCUGCUUCUGUUGAUUGACACCACAGUGUCAUGCCCAGUUGGUGAGUACCUCCCUUCCCUUUCCCUAAAAAAGCAUAGUUCAUUCCUACAAUCCAAUGUGACCUGAUCCUUUCUGGGAAACUGUUUCCUUUAUGACCCUUUUCAUGAAGUCCCAUGACACCUGGUCAAAUGCCUUUUCCGCAUCUCUUGAUAUUAAAACAGCCUUUUUGUCUGAACUUUCUUCUUGGUAUUCUAGUAAAUCUAUUACAUUCCUCAUGUUGCUGUGUAUGUAUCUACCUGGCAGAAAGCCAGUUUUCUGGGAAACUGUUACAUGAAUGUUAAUACAAGCCAGGACCUACAGCAACUUGAGUUGUAUGCUUACUGUGUUCAUAAAAAAUAAUAAUAAUAAUGCAUGUAUUAGUACUAGGUCUUAAAAUAAGAUUUGGCCAGUUUGUGCAUGGGUGGUGUUGCAAGGUGAUUCACAAACAUUAAAAUGUUACCUCCUGGUGAUCUUGCCUGUUUUUUGUCAAGCACUGAUCUGAGUCUUACUAAUCGGCAGAUGGUACCAGCUUUACGGAUGUUGCCAUAGUAUGGACUGUGCCAAGUAAGAUCCCCCGAUUGGUCCUUCAAGAACCCACCUUUACAUCCCAUAAUAUAUCAAUGGCAGUCGAUGGGCAAAGAAUAGAGAAUCCUGAACAUUUCGGUUAUACGCUGGAUCGUAACAACACACACAUUGUAACUACUAUCCCAAUUGGAGCGUCUGGGGGCAGGUUAAAGGUAAAUGUGAUUUUUAUAAAAUCAAACAAUAUGGAAGCAGACUCAAGUUGGUAUACCAAAAAAGAUGCAAAGGAAGUUUCCAUUAAUUCAGUCAGCUGUUAGAUCAGCACUGCAGCAAAGCAAAACCCAACUACUUAUUUCCUUUGCAUAUAGAUAUUGCAAUCAACCCAGCUGGCAUAGGGUAGGCCUGUCUCCUGACUUGUUCUGCAUAUGUAGGUGAACUCUGAGGCCUCAUGAUAUGGGUUUACAAACUAGAAAACUGUAUAAACUCGCCCCAUGAAACUUCUGCUCAUGUACAACACUGUGACCUGCCUUUUGGGUCUCUGAAGGAAUGAGGUCACUAAAACCUUGCGACAGAAAGAUUAGUGUGUUCGUGUUGACUUCAUAUUGCCAUUGAAGUGUUAUGAAGCCUUAGAUGGUUGAAAUCAUCAUACCUGAGAAAUCAAAUAAGGGUGACAUGAGUCCUCUUAAAUAUAUCUAUGCACCAAAUCAGAUUUUUAUAAAGGUGUGCAAAGACAUUCUUGAUGGCUGCUUUUUAACUCUGGAGUGCCCUUCCUCUAGAGUUUUCUGAGCCUGCCUUCAGAAAGCAGUGUGAUAUACGGUAUUUCUAUUCAGAAUAGCUUUUGACAGUAUCAUGUACUGUCAAUCUAUCCAGAACCCUCUGGAUGGGGCAAGCUUUGAAGUCAAUAAAUAUAAAGUGUUAAACUUCUGUUAUUAGGGACAAUGAUAGAUGCAUUUAAGCACUGCAGAACAGAAUGUGGGAAGAUACAAACCCUGUAUGUUUUGAGUUCAGGGGCAUAUAACUACUUAACUGUACAGGUGGUUUUCACUGCUGUUCGUCUAAAUCAGGCAUGGCCUAACUUAGCCCUCCAGAUGAUUUGGGACUACAGUUCCCAUCAUUCCUGACCACUGGUCCUGUUAACUAGGGAUAAUGGGAGUUGUAGUCCCAAAACAUCUGGAGGGUCAAGUUUGGCCAUGCCCGGUCUAAAUGAAUCUACUUUCCUUAACACUUUUUUCCCUCUUGUAGAGCACUGUAUCCAAUGGUGUCUAUGGGGCAGUAUAUAGCAUUGACUUAUUAUUGGAGCAUACCUGGACAGAUACAGAUUGGCACUUGACCAAGUACACUGUGAUUAAGCAAAUCACCACACCCUUCAUGCCUAGAAUACCAAGAGUAGUCAAUAGUAAGUGGGGCUAAGAUGCAUCUACUUUUCAGUUAUAUGUAAAACAUAGGAUUACUGCUGGGUCGUUGUACAAAGCUGUGCCUUAUUGAUAAAGUAUUUUGUUUUUGUUUUUUUAUUAAGAGAUGAAUGUACUUUCAUUAGUUCCUCUGCUGGUUUUUUUUUAAAUAAAAUCUUAAUUUACCAUUUGGGAUCUAAUCCCCUAGUCCUGGGUCCUAAUAUUAACUCAAAGAUGGUAUGUGGAAGCAUGUAAAUGCAUGGCUUGUAGCUUUUUUGUCUCAAAGGUGAAGAAAACAAUUCUGCAGUAAAGGGUCUUGUUGGAGGGAGAAGACUAAGAUCCCAAUUUCUUAUUGAACAAGUUUAUUUUGUAGGUUCCUUUGCAAAAUAGAUCCAACAACACACCCCCUGGGCAGAAUAUAAAUCCUUAAAGAAGACCCUUUCUUCUGCGUGGAAAGAUUUUGGGAGUCAGUUUACUAAACCUACCAGUUAUUACCUGUGGAUACCAGUUGACUUCCAUCAUCUAGUUACAAAAAACAUGUAGAUCAGUUUACAGAAACUUGAAUUGUCUCUCUCUCCCCCCCCCCCCCAGUCACAUUCUUAAAUGAGAGUAAACUAGUGGUAAAUUCUCCUGAGAGUUUAUUUUCAAAGUGGAGACCACAGGAAACAAACUGUGUUCUAAUAUUCUAGUUGCAGGUAGGUAGCUGUGUUGGUCUGCCAUAGUCGAAACAAAAUUUAAAAAAUCCUUCCAGUAGCACCUUAGAGACAAACUGUUAUUGGUAUGAGCUUUCAUGUGCAUGUAUCUGAAGAAGUGUGCAUGCACAUGAAAGCUCAUACCAAUAACAAACUUAUUUGGUCUCUAAGGUGCUACUGGAAGGAGUUUUUUUAUAGUGUUCUAAUGCACUGUUCUUAAAACUUUGAGUCCUCGGAUAUUCUUGGACUAAAAUUCCCAUGAUCUCCAACAAACACCUGGGUGCCUUAGGCUGAAGAACACUGUUCUAAUAUUCAUGCCUUCCCAGUGACAAAAUGCUUUUGUCUUAACACAGACACUGUUCCAGAAACACGACUCUUUGAUGUAACCUUGGGAGUCUUCCUUCAUGAUGUCAUUCUGGUAGCACUUAAAAUAGGAGAGGAACAGCUAUCCCUUAAGGAAGCACAGCAAAGGGGUUACAAGAUCUCUGACAUUCACUUCCCCAAUGGAACAAUAGGCUUUCAACUGGUAGUACCUUUUGACGAUCCCAACAUCUUAAGAGAGGUAAGGCAGCUGGGCAUGAUAUCUCACUGGGGCAAGCAUUGUACACACAUAAUGGUUGAGCUACUGGUAGGUUGGAUACAAAAGCUAUUUGAGUCUCCUUAUGCAUGCAUUUUCUUGAUCCCGGAAUUAGACACUAACUCUAACCAUACUAAUGUGCAUAUAAUUAACUUGAUCUUGGCAAAUAUGCAUGUGUUUCCCUGCAUUGACCACUCAAAGUAUUGAGAGUAUUGGGAAACUUUUGCCUCAAUAAGUUUGAUCUUGUGCUUUCUAGCAUCUUACGGUAAAAUACUGGUGGGAAGUGGUGUUGAAAGCUAAUAUGAAGGUACAUGUGGGAGAAGUUCAUACCUAGAAUAUGGCAGUGGGGAGAAAAACAUCUGUGCAGCACUUAGAGAUCUUUCUAUUGUCGUCCUUCCAAAGUGAUUUUGGCAUAAUGUGACUAUUGCCCUGAAAAUCCGUUCUUAUUAAGCUAAUGCAGUCAAAUUCUCUCUCUUUGUGGAUUUUACAAAACUUGUUUAAAGUAUGUGAACAAAAAUGAAACCAAGUAUCACCUUCAUGUGAACUACACUCUGAAUGUGGGACCUCAGCUGAAGUUGUAUCACCACCCUGCCGACAUAGAAUGCAUAAUUGCAGAUGUUGGUAAGUUGUUUUGUCUAAACUGACAAAGUUAUAACUCCUGAAUGGCUUGUUUAAGCUGCAUGCAUGAUAGCUAGACAAUUCUUAUUGUAUCCCCUAGAAAUAUAAACCACUGGGAGCAAUGAAAUCUGUGUGAAACUGAGUAGAUGAGCCAGUAAACUGUCUGGAUAGAUUUUCUUUCUUUGCUUUUUAAGAGUUUAAAACUCUCAUAGCAUGUCCUAAAGAGGUCUCGUUAUCCAAAGGAGAGGCAAAUAUUUGCAAUACGUAACCCCAAACUGUAUGAUAGCAGUCUUCUUUAGGCCUCUGGGUUCCACCAUCAAUGCUAAUUUGAAACAAAGAAUCUACUUCUACUUUUCUUUUCUUUUCUCUCACUCCAUGACUCCUCCAUUUUUAUUUUUAUAUACAUUAUUUAAUCACAUUUUUUUUUUAGUGUAACCCAUCUAGGGCACAACCCCAAAUUUGAUUAUGUACCACCAGUUGGAAGACCAAGUAUGCGGAUAAACUGUGGGAAAUCUGUGGCCUUCCAGAUGUUGGCCAUGCUGGGAGUUGGGGGUCCCAACAACAUCUGAAGGACACCAGGUUACCCAUCCCUGAUAUUGAUAAUCUUUAUAUUUGCAACCAAAUGGAGAACAGUUACCCAACAGAGAAGCAGUUUCUGGUGUCUCUACCUGUUAGGAAUUUGAAUGUUAAGCCACUUCUGUCAGAAGCCUCAUGAGAUGAUAUCUUUUCAUAUAGCAUUUUUCAAAAACAACAUUCACUUAGCAACUUUCUUUUUUCCUUUACAGAACUACCAGAAGGCAUUGGGUACUGCGACAAAGAGAACAUGUAUUUAGCUGUACCGAUUGCAGGCCUAUACAAAUACUGGAGCCUAUAUGUAGGCAGUAAGCCGCUAAGUCAAGCCACUGCCCUCACAGAUGGGUAUUUUGUUACUACAAAUGAUACUCAUCUAAUAUUGCAAGUGCCUCUCUUUGCUGUUGGGAUUAUUUAUGAGGUAUACAACGUGAAGGCCUUGGUGCCUAAAGCUUCCUUGUCUUACUUGAUGAAAAAAGCAGUGAUAUAACUAAUGUGAUUUUCUAGGGAUAGGAGGCCAGCAGAACUCCAGAUGUUACAAGUUCUAUCAGACCCCAGCUAGCAGGGUUAAUAGAGAUGAUGGGGAGCUGUAAUCCAAAAUCACCUGAAGGUCCACAGGCUCCCCAUAGGCUUUUCUUCUGCAAGGAUAUGUGUGUCAAAGUAUGGAUGCCCAGGGAGGGUGGACAGUGCCUCAGAUGAUGGCAGGGGUGGGCCAUGCACAGGUUCUAGGUAUGGAGAAAGGGGUAUUCACAGGACUGUGUAAGCUAGGGCGAUUAUCCUUUCAAAGCAAUCCUAGCUGAUUAGUGUGGCGUUUGUACGGAGCCCCCGGUCGUCUCAUGGACUAUUGGCCCAUACACCACUAAUCUGCUGCCACCAACCAGGUCCUCCCUGGUAAAUCACUUAGCCUCAGUCAGGUCCUCAAGUUAACAAAGAAGAGUGUAGUUUAUUGCAGACACAAACAAACUUUAACUGCAUUCCAAACGUUGUUACUCUUUACCUUCUUAGUCUUAUUUUAUCUUGUCUCUCUCUUCUACCUCCCCUCACACAAGAACCCACUGCACUAACUGUCUCUCUAUUUCCAACUGCCUGCCAACUGCUUUUCCAACUGCCUUUCCCAACCAACCAACCCACUAAAACCAACCAACUACCCACCAGCAACUAACUCAAACCUUGGGCUAAGCCCAUUUAUAAACAGGUAGGCUCUGCCUCCAGCUUUCCUAUUGGUCUACAUUUUAACCCUUUUUCUCCCCCCCUGUACAGACAUUUUCUAAACAAACGGGCAAACGCCAGUUAGUCAUAUGGGUUUUAACUGAUGAUGGGUUUUUAAUUUAUUUUCGUUGAUGAGAUGAUGGCUCAAAUGCUUAACUUUUAACUAAUGCUAGAAUAUAUAAAUGAAAAGUUAUCCUUAUAGAUACACUUCUUAUCAUGUUUAAAGGAAGUGUCAUUUGAGAGAAUUCGAGCCAGGUUUGAUCUUCUUCUGAAGAAAACAAGCACUAUGGAGACUUUGGAUAUCUUCUCUGUUAGAUGCAAUUUUCACUCUUCACAAUUCAUAGGUGAGCUAUAUUCCAGUCCAGUUUAUCACUAAAACAAUGGGGAGAUGUCUUAUGAUCUAUUGUGUUUUAUUUUAAAAAAAGUUUUUUAUUUAUACUUUUCAAAUUUAUACAUUUCACAUUCCAAAAUUUGACUUUCUUCCUUCUCUUUCUGCGGUUCCCUAAAUUUAUUUUUUAAUCUCUUCUGCAGAUCCAAAUUCAUUUAACUUGUUCAUUUAAUUAUGUACUGUAAAUAUAUACUCUCAUAAAAGUGCAGGUUAUUACAAUAAUCCUGCUAAUGUUUUAUCUGUUUACAAUUUAUCUGUAAAUAUUCAAUGAUUCUUAUGAUCUGAUUUAUUGUCAUGGGCUUUUCUUAGUGUGCUACCCUAAUGGAACAGUAACCGUAUCUGCUCUCAUGAAGACUGUGCCAUCCAUUGACAUGGGCAAAACUAGGCUGAAGGACAGCACCUGUAGGCCUAAGGAGUUUACAAAGGAACAAGUCUUUUUCCAGUUUCAUGUUUCUACUUGUGGCACUUCACUAAGGGUUAGUCCUUGGGCGAAGGGUGUGGAGAACAGAAGGGGAAAAGUGUGCUCUUUCCAACAUGAUGAACCUGAAAUAUUUUUUCCCGACAGUUUGAAGGUGAUCACCUUAUUUAUGAAAAUGAAUUAUUAUUUGAAAAAGAGACUCUUCCAGCACAGGGACCACCAACUAUCACAAGAGAUCCAGCAUACAGGUAGGAGUUACUUUUUUAAAAAAGAUGAAACCAGCACUACUCUAGGAUCUAAGAAAUGUCCCUCUGUUGCAGGCUGACUAUCUUGUGCUACUACCCAAUCAAAGAAACACUCAUGCAAAGUGCUGUGAUCUAUGGCUCCUCCUCCUCUUCUAGAACUCUUCCUACUGGCUAUGGCACAAUGAUGACUAGGACAAAUGUAGCAGGUAAGCAAUCUUGUAAAAUGCAAAAACCAGGAAGUAUGUAACUUCAUUUUGUUUGUGUGUGUGUAAAAGAGAAUAAUUAUUAAAUACUUUCUUCUCCUAUAGGCCCUAGAAGAGCAAGGCAAGUUCUACAUAUCACCUCAAGCAUCUUCAAAGGUAACAUUUUCCUAAAGGGAGAAGGAGAGCUAUACUAGAACUAAAACUGAAUAUAUCAAUUGCUUUAAAAAUAAUGAUCUCCUCCUCUUUAUUGCUCUUGCUGUUGGCAGAUGAAUCUUUCACAGAAACCUAUGGGCAGCAUUCGGUAGCUCUCAAAUACUCAAGGGAACCUGUUUAUCUUGAAGUCGAACUAAAAGACGAAGCUCCUGGUGUUGAACUGUUCUUGGAUAACUGCUGGAUGGCUGGGUCUGAAGAGUUUGGCGCCAUUCCCCAAUGGAGCAUCAUUGAAGAUGGGCAAGUGGCUCUAAACAACUGUUCUAUAACCGUAAUGAUCAAGCUUCAUGGACUAAUGACUCUUAUGUCUCCUCUCUCAAACAGAUGCGAGAGCAAAGACAGUGGAUCUGUGAGCUUCAGCCCAGUUACUAAAAGUGACAGAGUGAAAUAUCCCAAUCACUUCAAAAGGCUGAGAAUACAGAUGCAGACACUUCCUCUGAGAAAGGUACAAUCCAAGUGAAACAGACAGGACUAGAAAAUAUUCAUUGUACAACUUCCAUAGUUGAGGCAAUCAGUUCAGUUUUACUUGAGGAUGACUAAUUAAGAAGAAGAAGAGGAAGAGUUUGGAUUUGAUGUCCCGCUUUAUCACUACCCAAGGAGUCUCAAAGCAGCUAACAUUCUCCUUUCCCUUCCUCCCCCACAACAAACACUCUGUGAGGUGAGUGGGGCUGAGAGACUUCAGAGAAGUGUGAAUAGCCCAAGGUCACCCAGCAGCUGCAUGUGGAGGAGCAUGGAAGCGAACCCGGUUCACCAGAUUACAAGUCUACACUCUUAACCACUUAAUUACGUACUGUGCAUUCCCAAUCAAAUGUCCCACCCCGCAUUUUCAAAUAUAUUGGGUGGGAAGUGCAUGAUAAUGUUACCCAGUGAGCAGUACUUAAUUUUAGUUUCUUUGGGAUUCCAUUCUAUAUGGCAAAAGCCGCUUAAGCCAAACUCCUACUGAAGUUCAGUAAAAUCAGAAAUGGCACACAAAGGGCCAGUGAAAAUGAUGUCGUGCAGGGGAAACAGAAUAAGCAGCCCUAGAGUAUCGGCACAAACAUCUGACAUCAUCCCUCUUUGCUAGUGAACACUGAUGGGAGGUCUGUGUAGGUCUUUUUCUCUUAAAGUUCUGAAUGCCAUAGACCUGGCCUGCACAAGUUGUGAUCCAUCAGGUCAAAUGCAGAGAACUCAAUUGUUUUAAUGGUUCCCUACCUCCUUGCCUUGGAAUGCAAGAGGGGGCUGUGUUGGUUAGGCUUGAUCGGUGCUUUUAUUGAGUACCUUCUCGCACACAAAAUGAGUUUUGAUGCAUCACAGUUACGCAGGACUGCUCUGUACUGUUGUCAUCCAAGCACUGGUCAGAAGUGUGUCACUUUUAAGCAACUUUUUAAAUGCUGGCGCUUAGCAUAUUGCUAUUUGAAACAAAAAUGUAAAAUCCCACUACAACAAAGCUAGCAUCUUUUCAUAAAGCUUUUUUUUAAAAAAGAAAGAAAGAAAAGUUCAAUUAAGGGAUCCUCUCCAUAGAAAUAAGGCUUGUUGAAUGAGAGCACUUGGGUACAACAUUUUCAGCUGUAGGACUUAUUCUUGCAAUUUUCUAAGCCCGCCUGAAAAAAGGGUCCUUUAAUUUCUCUCUUCCGCUUCUAGAUAUACUUCCACUGUACUGUAAAAGUCAGCACCUGCCUUCAUCUGCCUGGUAAUGGUCUUCCAGAAGGACAAUGUUUACAAGGAAGGAAGCUUGGUAGGUGCACCACUGAAAACUCGGGAGAUGCUGGCCAUUAACCAGCUGCUGAACUUUUAAUAUAUUGUAAGGUUACUUGACUUAUCCCAUAAUUUCAGUGCAAUGUUGUUGUUAAAGAAUGGGGGGGGGGGUCACCAGCUCUUUUCAAACUUCCUGGUAAAUAUGCACCCAUUAAUUCCAGGAACAUUUGACUAUACUUGCCAUACUUCAGAUCAGCGUUCUGAAAUCCACGGUUACGCAGUGGCUGGACCAGUCUUGGUUAAUCACUCCUGAACAAAUAAAGUAGUCGGAAACGCAGAUAUAUAAGGUAUGUUUGGGGAAUUUCAAUAAACAAUAUACAGAAGAAGUUACUUUUUUAUAUAGAAUUGUGCAUCUAUCAGUAUUGCUGAUUGCCUGUGGCAAUCCAGGGUUCUCCAACUUACCUUUCGUAGACCUACCUUGAAAUUCUGAUUAAACCUGGAACGCUUCUGCAUGCAAAGCAUAAAUUCUACUCAGCUUUAGGCCUCAGCCUUAUAGCAAGAUGGUAUACAAGAUGCUGUAUAUGGAGGACGAAAUAAUGCCUUCGGUCUUAAGAUCAAUAACUUAGGCCACAAUUGGUGCUGCAAUACAUAUGCAGUUAGGUUCUGCUGAUGACAAAUAGAUUUAACCUGUCUGCACUUCACUGGUGGCAGAUUUAAGCAUGUCUAAUUCUACAUGGUGCUGGAGGAGACUCUUGAGAGUCCCAUGGACUGCAAGAAGAUAAAACCUAUCCAUUCUUAAGGAAAUCAGCCCUGAGUGCUCACUGGAAGGACAGAUCGUGAAGCUGAGGCUCCAAUACUUUGGCCACCUCAUGAGAAGAGAAGACUCCCUGGAAAAGACCCUGACAUUGGGAAAAAUGGAGGGCACAAGGAGAAGGGGACGACAGAGGACGAGAUGGUUGGACAGUGUUCUCAAAGCUUGAGUUUGACCAAACUGCAGGAGGCAGUGGAAGACAGGAGUGCCUGGUGUGCUCUGGUCCAUGGGGUCACGAAGAGUCGGACACGACUAAACGACUAAACAACAACAAAUUCUACACUGAAUUUUGGGCAGAGUCUUUCUCCCAGACUCUGAAACCAUAAAAAUGAACCCCGUAAUCACAGACCCGCAAGGCUGGUGAGGAGAUGAGGACACUUUGCCUAUCAAUCCUGUUCUUGAUCCUGCCACAGGCAUAGGCAACAGUCCAAGACAAUGGCCCACCACCUGGAUCCAGAAACCUUUUGACAAAUUUAGCAGCUUGAUGUAGCCACACCUGCUGAAUGAGAAGUUUGACUUAACUUUCACAAGCCGUCGACUCCUGAUUAUUCUAGUACGAAGAAGAUCUAAAAGUUCCUCCUUUCUCCAAAACAAACAAACAAACCAACCCCAAACACCUACCUGGUACAAAACCCAUGCUUAUUUGCUGAAUUCUAGGACAAGGGCAAGUCUGUGUGUGGUCUAUGUAUGUAGUAGGCACCCACAUGUGUAAGGGGACAAACUGAAAAUUAUUUUUCUUUUCCAGAUAUAG